AUGUGGGAGUCGAUCUUUCUAACGCUGGCGGCGACGGCCGGAAACAAUAUCGGAAAAAUUCUUCAGAAGAAGGGCACGGUCAUUCUUCCUCCUCUCUCUUUCAAGCUCAAGGUGAUCAGGGCGUAUGCUUUGAACAGAGCUUGGUUGAUAGGUUUUCUGAUGGAUAUAUUUGGAGCCUUGCUCAUGUUGAGAGCAUUAUCUCUUGCUCCUGUAUCUGUCAUACAACCCGUUUCUGGGUGUGGACUUGCCAUUCUUUCAAUCUUUUCCCAUUUUUAUCUGAAGGAAAUUAUGAAUGCUGUUGACUGGAUGGGGAUUACCUUAGCAGGCAUUGGCACUAUAGGAGUUGGUGCUGGAGGUGAGGAGCAAAAGGCUUCUGCUAUAUCUAUUUUCCAUCUACCAUGGUUGGCAAUUGUAGUCGCCAUCUUGUUUGUACUACUGAAUGGAUGGCUACGCAUCUACAGACGUCAACGCAAAGAACAGGAGUUGAUGGAAUAUGACGUUGUUGAAGAAAUUAUAUACGGCUUGGAAUCUGGCAUUUUGUUUGGGAUGGCAUCUGUAAUAUCAAAGAUGGGAUUCGUGUUCUUGGAGCAGGGUUUCCCCAGCAUGCUGGUUCCUAUAUGCCUGAUAUUCAGCAUAUGUUGUAGUGGUACAGGGUUUUUUUACCAGACUUGGGGGUUAAAGCAUGGGAGGGCAAUUGUGGUGUCUACAUGUGCUGCUGUGGCAUCAAUUGUGACUGGUGUGCUUGCUGGAAUGCUUGCUUUGGGUGAAAGAUUGCCUUCAGCCCCAACCGCUCGUCUUUCACUUGUGCUUGGAUGGCUAUUUAUAAUUAUUGGCGUGAUUUUGCUUGUGAGCUCGACACGGCUGGUGCGAAACCUUCCUCGGCCUUUACGGCAUUUUAUCCAGAGUGGUGUUGAUAAGAACUUCAGCCAGAGAAAAUCCGGGUCUAUCCGCACUAGGGAUUCGAGCCCAAGCACUGUCAUUCACGCAGCAACUCUGCAUCAUUUGAUACCAACUUCGUCUAAAGAAAAGGCUUGA